UCCCAGGCUAUGGAAAGAAAGAACAACAGCUUCUUAGAAGGAUUUAUCCUGGUGGGCUUCUCAGACCGACCCCAUCUGGAAAUGAUUCUUUUUGUGAUUGUACUAUUCUUCUACCUCUUGACCAUCCUGGGGAACAUGACUAUCAUCUUCUUCUGCCUUGAUUCACGACUCCAUACCCCAAUGUACUUCUUUUUAGCCAACCUCUCCUUCCUUGACAUGUGCUUCACAACAGGCUCCAUUCCACAGAUGCUCUACAAUCUCUGGGGUCCAGAUAAAAGCAUCACCUACCUAGGUUGUGCCAUUCAACUCUACUUUGUUCUGGCACUGGGUGGGGUAGAGUGUGUCCUUUUGGCUGUUAUGUCCUUUGAUCGCUAUGCUGCUGUAUGUAAACCAUUGCACUACACAGUCAUUAUGCACCCAAGACUUUGUGGACAACUGGCCUCAGUCGCGUGGUUGAGUGGCUUUGGCAAUGCACUUAUCAUGGUGCCUCAGACUCUUAUGCUCCCCCGUUGUGGGCAUCGGCGGGUAGACCACUUUCUCUGUGAAAUGCCAGCACUGAUUGGCAUGGCCUGUGUGGACACUAUGGACCUUGAGGCUUUGGCAUUUGCAUUGGCUAUUUUUAUUAUCCUAGCUCCCCUUAUCCUUAUCCUCAUCUCCUAUGGAAAUAUUGCUCGCGCAGUGCUGAGGAUCAAGUCAGCUGCUGGGCGGAGAAAGGCUUUUAACACCUGCAGCUCCCAUCUUAUUGUGGUAUCACUCUUCUAUGGGACUAUUAUCUACAUGUACCUCCAGCCAGCUAACACUUACUCCCAGGAACAAGGCAAAUUCCUUACCCUUUUCUAUACCAUUGUCACACCCAGUGUCAAUCCACUCAUAUAUACACUGAGGAACAAGGAUGUGAAAGAGGCUGUGAAGAAAGUGCUAGGGAAGGGUUAUGGGACUGACAAGGGCUAA